UAGAGUUACUUAUCUAGUGGUGUGGGCCAUAAACAUCAGUCUGCUCAUUUCCUCGUAGCAUUUAGUUCAUUUAGGUGACUUUCAAAAGUCAAUCCUAACCGCAAGGUUAAAGCAACGCGAAUACGGACGGGAAAGGGGAAGCGUGCGAACGUCAUGUUACAUCCUACAAAUCCUACAGCUCCAUUUACAGUGCGAAAUCUAUUGAGUCUAAGCGAGUUCCAUCCAAACUACAAAGAGGCAGGCCAGAGUGAUUGCCUGACGCAGAUGACUUCGAUUCAUACGAUGGCUAGCAAGUUGGAGCCGUCUACAACCAGUGGACUACACAUGCACGACAGUCACAACCAGAGUUAUCUCUACGGUGACACCACAAGGCCGAUGUACAUGAAAAGCGACUCUAGCCAAGCGGCUAACAGCAACACUUCAACAAGUCAAAUUCUCGACGGCUCCGCGCAAGUGUCAAUGGAUCCUGAGCUCAGCUCAAAGCCAGAAAGCCAAGAUAUGCAUUCAGACCUUCAGACGAGUCAAGCGACUUCGAACGGCACGGAACUGCAACAGCUCACGAAUUCGUGCAACGGCUCAAUGUCGAGCGAAGUAGGCAAUAAACCUAAAAGAAUCCGCAGAAAACCACGCGUAUUAUUCUCACAAGCGCAGGUUUACGAGCUCGAAAGGAGAUUCAAGGGGCAGAAGUACCUCUCUGCGCCGGAGCGUGAUCACCUCGCAAGUCUACUCAAACUAACGCCGAAUCAGGUCAAGAUAUGGUUUCAGAACAAGCGCUAUAAGUGUAAGAAGCAGGCGAUGGAGAACAAAGCGCGUGCUGCGGGUAUGGAGUCGUGGUAUGGCUUGCCACCGGAGCCCAGGAGGGUAGCUGUACCCGUAUUAGUGCGAGAUGGAGAGACGUGCUUCGGGAGGGAACCUUACGGGUAUAACAUGAACACGAACAUGAAUAUGAACUUCCCGCCGCCUCACUAUAUGAAUAUGUAUCCCCAACAGGGUGGUAAUCCCCUCACGAACAGGUCUUGUCCAAGUCAAUGGUGACAGUAGAGUUAAACGCGACCGAUAGCUCGAGAUGGACGAGUGUUCACACGCUGUCCCGCGCAGGGUACGGAAUUUGCCUUCAGCAAACACACUGUAUAUUUAAAAUUUUUGCUACUUCAAGUGGAAACUAAGCCGGCAAAGGUAUCUUAGCUGCAUAGAAUGGCUCAAUAGACACUAGGUUGAUACAUCAGAUGCUAAGAUAUGCCCCUCUAUUGUAUAUAAUGUUAUAUCAGAGUAACAAAGUCAAAGAUAAAUAACAAAAUAAUAUUCGAAAAAAGCCAGAUUUAACGACGCAAAUAGUUGUGUAUUUAUGCGUCUCUUGAGACAGACAGAGUUAUUCUUUGUUAAGUAAGAUGUGUGCGCGCUAGAUUAGCAGACAGUUCUAAACACGCAAGAUGAGCCCUGUGCUGAGGGCCUCAAUUCUCUCAUUCUCACAUCAAUAUUUGACUUCAGCGUCCAAUGACACGUUGACUGAGAUGUCAUACAAGACUUUUUUAUGUUCAGGUUUUGUUAGACAGUCUAAAUAAAAGGUAUUUAAGAAAAA